AUGUUCACGGACAAGAAUAACUGUUCAUUGGCCAAAAAACCUGCACAGAAAAAGACCAGGCCUCAUGGACUGCCUUCUCCGGCCCUGUGCUGCGCAUGUGGACUCUGUAUUAUGUUAGCUGGGAUUAACAUCACGUUAGUCGGAGCCUUUGCAUUUGGAACGUUUAUGCCGAUCAACAACCCUCCAAUUAUCAUUGGACCUAUACUGCUGGUUGUUGCUUUUGCGUUCUUUGGAGCUUGUUGUAUCUGUAGCCGGAGGCCUCCAGCAUACGGCGCUAGGAAAUGUAAGCCAGGCUCUAACAUAGGCUUUAUUAAACCUGGGAAUGCAGCUUUUGAGAUUGAAACAAGUGAACAUACAGUCCAGGACACAACCGCUGUUCAGCUCAGCCCAACCAACUCCCCGGUCUCCUCUCGGAAAUCCUCCCCCGUUCAUGAAAAUUCUAAAAUGUGCAAACUUUUCACUAUGGAAGGCAAUGGGCCAACAGUAAAAUUCAACGCAGGUGGCGAGUCUAUACAGCUUAAUUUACCAAGAGACCCUGUUACAUAA